AUGGCUCCUGGGUGCGUCACCAGCAACAGCUCACCAUCAUCGACUUCCAAAGCAGGAUCAUCCAGGUCUUCUGAAUCUGAAAUGCCAGGCCCACGCCUCAGCAGCUUCCCAGUGGGACGCUGCCACCCUCCCGUGCUGUGCAUGGUGCUGGAGGCGCUGCACGCAGGGGAGCAGCGCCAGGGCACAUCGGUGGCAGCCAUCAAGCUCUACAUCCUGCAAAAGUACCCAAUGAUGGUUGUCCUUAGCUCCAAGUACCUGCUGAAGCAGGCGCUGGCCACUGGCAUGCGCCGUGGCGUCCUCACCAGGCCCCUCAACUCCAAAGCCAGAAGGGCCACUGGCAGCUUCAAAUUAGUUACCAAACACAAGAGGAAAAUCAAGCCCAGGAAGAUGGCCCCCACGAAGUCCCCUAGGAGAGCAGGUGAGGCCAAGAGGAAGGUCCCCAAGAAACCAGAUGAGGCCAAGGAGGAGCCUCCCAAGGCAGGCAAGGUGAACAAGGCAGCCAAGAGGCCAGCAGAGGCGCAGAAGUUUCCUCUCAAGCCAGGCGCAGCAAGAGAAAAAGCUCACAAGCAAGGCAGCAAGGCACAGCCAGGCGAGGCUCAGAAGGUGCCCCCCAAACGAGACAAGUCCAUGUGGGCCCCUUCUAGUGCCAGCAUGUUCAGCAGGAAGGCAGAGGCCAAAGGCAGCAGGAGGAGCCAAGGAGAUGCUGAGGCCUGCAGGAAAACCAAAGCCAGGAGUAAGAGUUCAAGACCCACAGUCAGCAAGGUCAAGAAUGGUGCUGCUUCCCUAACCAAAAAUAAUUUGGUAGCCAAGGGCAACACCCAGGACCCUAGAGGGGCAGCUGGCCCCAGGGCUGGGCAGGGGCCGAAUGCCAAGGGUGCUUCUGCUAAGGCCAGUGGGUCCAAGGUGGUGUCUGCACACCUGUCCAGGAAGACAGAGGACCCUAAGGAAUCGAGAAAGGCUGGGCUGCCCAUCAACAUCAAGUCCUCAUCAUCCAACGUGGCCAGCCAGAGGGCUGACGCUUAG